AUGGGUGAGGUCAGUAGAGACUUCAAUCUAUACUGUGCUUGACUGGAGGGUAUGGCCAUUUCUUAGGUGGCUAGCUCCAGUAAGUAGUGAAGCUUUUAUUACCCUUGUUUCGAUAUGCCGGCACGCUGAAGGAGAAUACUGAUAACCUAUAUUGACUUCUGGAAGGAUGCUUGGCCACCCAUCGAGGCUACCUUACAACUCUGUCUCGUCGAUUGGACUCAACCUAGCGAUUGGAAGGACCGAAAAGCCCUUGGUAGAUACAUGGCUGUUCAUGUGGCUUAUAUCCGGUCGUUGGUUCCACCAGACAAGCUUCUCGAGUUCCAUCCGAGGGAUGGCUGGGACCCUCUUUGUCGAUUUCUAGGGAAGCCAUCACCAGCGGACGAACCCUUUCCGUUCGCCAACAAAGGAGAAAAUGCUGCCAAUCUCCUUAGAAUUGCCAUGGUCUUCUCGGUGGUACGAAGACUAGGCCCAUAUGUUCUUGCCGUGGGAGUAGGCGUAUUUGCUUGGAGAUGGGUUGCGAAUUAG